AUGACACAACCAUCUGUUGUGCUAUUUAAAAUUGUCCUGACAUUGCUGUUGAUUUUUUCAACAAACCAAAUAUCAGCAUCAUCAUUCGUUUGUCCAGGAACCUCAUCACCCAAUGAUGGAUUUAAAUAUUGUGGAAGAUAUUCCUCGGAACAAUUGAAAACUAGUAUUCUAUUUGGGGAACAGCGACAACAACAAACAAGUACUCGAAAUGUCUCCAUGAACAACUAUGUUUGUUUACCGUCACCACAACUAGUUAUUGAUGAAGAAACACAACAUUUAAACAAUUUCAAUUCGGAUGGAAAUGAUCUCUCAAAAUAUUUCAAUAGCACGAAUUGUCUGGUUCGAUGGAGUGAUGAUGCAGUGAUUACGUAUCAACAUGAAAUUUGUGCUGUCAAUAUUUAUUCAAAAACCUUUUAUGUGAUUUCUGAUGGUUACAAUGUUCAUCGAUUUACUAAUUUAUCAGAAUUGCAAUUUAUUGGUCCAAAUUAUUUUGUGAAUCAUGAAAUUGAAACAAGUCAAACCUCUACAUUUGAAGAUCAAGGAUUCAUCAUUUCAGGACCUAAUUAUGUGUUGAAUAUGAAAAAUGAUAUUAUUUCAACUGGUAGCAAACAUUCUCCAAAUAUUUUCAUUGAUACUACUUUUCACUUUUAUAUGAUUAAUGUUGGAGAAGAUGAUCAAGAUGGUCCUGGUGUGAUUUUAAAAAGUGUUCAAUCUGGACUCUGUGUCACAACCUACUCUAAAUUAAGAUUUUAUUUCAAAGGAGAACCUUGUUCCAAUGCAUUGACUUUUAAGCAAGCUCAAAUGACAAGUGACACUCAAGCCGAUCUUUAUUCACGACAGAAAUUCUUUUGGACUGGAUCUCUACUCUUUUCAUCACUACCUGAUUCUGAUAAUUAUUUACAAUCCAUCUCUAUCACAACUUCCCUAUUCUCUUCACCUUAUUUGAAAUACUUACCCAUUCAACAAUUGCACUUGAUUCCAAUUUUGAAUCAAAGUAGUACAACAGAAACAUUUUAUGAAAAUGCAUGUUUGACUGAAAAUUACAUGCAACACCAAUUCAUGACCAAAUUGAAACAACAAUCAUUCAUUCCAUAUCGGUAUUCCUCUAGUAGUUGUGAGGGUUGUUUUAAUCGAUUCAUGUGGAUGAUGAUGGUUGUAGUAGGAAUGGUCAUGAUGCUCAUGCAAUGA